UCCCAUCGUAACUUGGCUGUUAUGAACAUUGGAGCUCCAGCGUGCGGCAUGAACGCAGCCGUACGAUCUUUUGUACGUAUCAGUUUGACCAAAGGCUUCAGAGUGCUGGGCAUUCACGACAGCUUUGAUGGACUGGUCAAAGGGGAGGUGGUGCCAAUGACCUGGACAGAGGUGCAGGGCUGGGCUGGGAAAGGUGGCUCCUUCUUAGGUACCAAAAAACAACUUGCUAAUGACGUUGGUGUCGGCAAGAUUGCCUUGAAGUUUGCAGAGUUCAAGAUUGAUGGACUUAUGAUUGUUGGUGGAUUUGAGGCCUUCCACAGUGCGUACCAGUUAUCCGAGGCCAGGGAAAUGUUUGCCUCCCUGUGUAUCCCCAUCGUGGUCAUCCCCUGCACCAUCAGCAACAACAUCCCUGGGUCAGACUUCUCCCUGGGUGCUGACACGGCACUAAACGAGAUCACUGACAUUUGUGACAGGAUCAAGCAGUCUGCUACUGGUACCAAGAGGCGUGUCUUUAUUGCUGAGACAAUGGGAGGCUACUGUGGUUACCUGGCCACUCUUGCUGGACUUGCCAGUGGGGCAGACGCUGCUUAUAUCUAUGAAGAAAAAUUCAAUGUUCUUGAUCUGAAACAAGAUGUAGAUCACUUGAGAGAUAAAAUCCAGAAUGCUGGCGUUCAGCGUGGUUUGAUCCUCAGGAAUGAGCUAGCCAAUGAGAACUACACAACAGAUUUUGUGAACCGCCUGUUCUCUGAGGAGGGCAGCCCAGUCUUCACCACGCGCAUGAAUGUCCUGGGUCACAUGCAACAGGGAGGCUACCCAUCUCCAUUUGACAGGAACUACGGCACCAAAAUGGCUGCCAAAGGUGUGGAGUGGCUGUCUGAAAUGGUGGAGAAGUUUACUGACUCCAAAGGUAAUGUACGGACUGGCAAUGCAGAUACAGUCGUCCUACUUGGCAUGUUGAAGAGACAUUUAACCUUUACACCAGUGGAGGAGCUGGCAGAGUACACUGACUUUGAUAAACGUAUCCCCAAGGAGCAGUGGUGGCUUAAACUUCGACCCUUGUUGAGAAUCUUAGCCAAGCACUCAGUGGUCAGCUACGAGAUGGAGGCAGAGAUGAAGAAUAUUGACGAGGAUGAGGACGAUGAAGAAGGGGAACACAUACUUUAAUCUGAACAAAUCACUCAAUAGAAAGUUGAAGGUUAAACUUCUAGAUAGCUAUUUAUUGUAGAUUUUCUUUAUAAAUGACUUUUAUUUAUGUGUAUGGGUUAUGUAAAAACAUGCAUUUUUUAAAUACCUCUACCAUAUUUAUUAGCAAAUAGCUUAGAAUAAGAAAAUUAAGUCCUUGAAAGAUCUAAAAUUUGAUUUAAAACUUAAGUACCAAGUGCAUGUGAUUUUUCUCCAAAAUGUAAAAAAAUAAAAGUUUGGUUGAAAUGUAAUGCUAAAUGCUGGAUGUUCCAUUAUGCUAAAAACUAGUUUGUAGAUGAAUUCUAGAUUGAGUUGAUGUAAAAAAAAAAUACAAUCUCAACUUUGUUUUAGUAGGACCUAAGAUGUACGCUCUAACUAUAGUAACUUAUCAAUGUUAAAAUUGAUGUCUUAAUGGUUUUUUUUUUAAAUUUGUGAUGAAUGUGUAUACAUUGCAUUACAAAAUCUUGCUUAGUAUUGCAUUCUGUUUAAUAUGAGCAAGACGUAUUUAGAAAUGUUCCCAUCCUUUGUAUGUAAACUUCCUGUAUUCCAGUGUGUUGGCACAGAAUCUCCUUCAAACCCUGUAGCUAGAACUUGUGUCUCUUUUCACUUCAAUCAAAAUGACAGCAUUACAAACAAAAAAUUAUUGUAAUAUAUCUAGAAAAAAAGCAUUGUAAAAUAUCUUUAAAAAAAAUUAACCAUUAUUGAAAAUAUAUUGCAAAUAAUUGAAAAAAAAAACAAAUUAAAAUAAACAACAAACUGCUAAUUUAAUUUUAGAACACUUACAAAUGUGAAAUUGAGAUAAAAUGAUUAAUUUUAGCAUAUUGCUUAAUUAAGUGAUCUUUGACAAAAGGUAGAUUUUUUCAUUUUCAUGUUUUGAUUUGUCACUAGUUUACUUACUAUUCAGUAAACAUUCCCUUAAACUACACACAGCAUGUGAACUACUAGGGAAAAACCUUUACUCAAAUACAAUCUGAUAAAAUUUUACAUAUGUUAUUAGAAAACUGUAUGAUCACUGAAAUAUGCUUGGAGUAAAUGUAUAUCAUGUUCUCCUCGUUACAGCAAAUUUCUACUUUUGUAAAGCUGCACAAUAAGUUGUUACAUAUUUUGUUGCAUCACUAGUUCCACUGGUUGGUGUGGUGAAUACUUUGUGAUGAGAUCAAUAACCAUUUCAGUGUGGCUGUAUUGUGAUAUAUCAUAGCCCGCUGGAGUCUAGCAUAAUCCCUGCUUCGUUAUAUAGCCAAACUCCUGCCUAGAUUUGUAGCAUAACUCCUGCCUAAGACCAUGUAGCUCUCUUAAUGCUAAACAAAGUGUGAUCUUGUUUAGCUGUUGUGUGCCUAAGUUGGAUAUCAAAAAAAUGUACAUUGCUUUUUCGUUGUUUUUAAAAAAAAAAGUUUUAUGUGUACAGUAUUAGAAGAAUAUACAUAGAUAUUUAAACUAAAACAGUUGAGAUUUUUUUUUUUAAACUUAGAUGUUACUGCAUUAAAGUGAGGUACAUGUUGGCUAAAUGUUUUAAUUUUCUGGCAAUACUUUCACAAGACAGAUGUUUAUUAAUCAAUAUUUCUGUUAUAAGUAAUUUACGGCUAAAUUCACUACUUGUACAAAUUUGUAUACUUGCAGCUUUUAAUUAUAUCAGACUGUUAUACAAGAAAAAUGCUUUAUUCCUUAGAAACAGGAAAUAAUCUUGACCAUGGCUUUACCAAAGUAUAUUUAUAGAAACUGGAAUUCAUCAUUCAUGGAGCUGGUCUAAUUAAUUAUUGUUUAAUUUAAUAAAUUUGUUAGACAAGUGAAGAUUUAGUUUGUAUUUUCCUUACUGGCUAUUAAAAAUCAACUCAAGUUGUGUAAAAGUAUUACUAAAGGUGUAAUUAUAUGUAUUAUUAUUUUAUUAAUGCUUGAACAUUUGAUGCUUUUUUAUUUAAUUUAUAAACAGUAGUAUAAGUAAAUGAUUAUUUAGUUUGUAAAAACUAAAUAGUUUUUAUAGAAUUUCUUAUUUAAUAGUUAAGCAACUACCUGUACCCAAAGUAUAUCCUUGUCCAAAUAUAACAGUGGUUCUAAUGUAGUUUUGUACCAUAAUUUGAUCACAGAGCCAGUCUUUUUAGAAUAUUGUUUCAUUUUUACUUUUUAAAAUGUGUGUAAGAUUUUUUAAAGUUGCUGUAUGGA